ACAUUGAAUUAAUUGGAUGGCGCGUUGGUUGUCACCUUGGGGACUUGGCGUACUAAUGUCUGUCGCACCGUACUGGUGUCAAAACUAUGUUUGAAAAUCUCGGGAAGCUGGAUACAUCAUAUGUUGAUCCACACCUUUCGAAAAAAGAUACAUCUGAUCUAGUUGCAGAUGUACGGAAAUCAAGAAAGGCUGUUUUUAGGCGCACAAUUGAUUACAAUGCCUCAGCCAUCAAUUAUCUUCAGAACAGAAUUUGGAUCAACAGAGAUUCGGACCGUCCUAUGCUUCAACCAGACUACUUAUGGAGUCCUAAACUUUGCCCGCCAAGGAGCUAUAUGGACUCUCCGAUGAAUUGUGUCAUGUCGAAACCUGUCCGUACCUCCACAAACAAAAAUAAAUGUCCUAUAUACUGCGUUUGUUGGACUCCUGAGGGUAGGCGGUUAAUAACGGGCGCAUUCAGUGGUGAAUUCACGUUAUGGAACGGCUUGACAUUUAACUUCGAAACGAUCUUGCAGGCUCAUGAAUCACAAAUACGUUGUAUGAAAUGGUCUCACAAUGAAGAAUGGCUACUCACUGCUGAUCAUUCCGGAUAUGUCAAAUAUUGGCAAGCUAAUAUGAACAAUGUUGAAAUGUAUCAAGCACAUAAGGAACCAAUUCGUGGCGUAAGUUUCUGCCCAUUCGACAAUAAAUUCGUUACCUGCAGUGAUGAUUCUACUGUGCGUAUUUGGGACUUCCAUCGUUGUACAGAAGAACGCGUGCUCCGAGGUCAUGGAUCCGAUGUUCGUAGUGUAGCAUGGCAUCCUGUCCUUUCUCUUAUCAUAUCUGGUAGUAAAGAUGCACAACAACCUAUAAAAUUAUGGGAUCCAAAAACCGGUGAAUCUGUGUCCACAUUAUAUGUACAUAAAAAUACUUGUACUGAUGUUUCUUGGAAUGAUAAUGGCAACUGGUUUUUAACAGCUUCUAGAGAUCACUUGAUUAAACUAUUCGAUCUGCGUAAUCUUAAAACAGAAUUACAAACUUUUCGUGGUCAUAAACGUGAUGUAAUGCGUGUUGCAUGGCAUCCAUUCCAUGAAUGCUUAUUUGCAAGUGGUAGCGCUGAUGGAGCUAUUUUCUAUUGGCUUGCAGGAACGGAUACUGAACUUGGCGCUGUGGACAAUGCUCAUGAAAGUAUGAUUUGGAGCCUUGCAUGGCAUCCUUUUGGGCAUAUUUUAGUAUCUGGAGCUAAUGACUUUGCUACGAAAUUCUGGACACGUAAUCGUCCUGGUGAUGUUCUUAAAGAAACAAUUAGUUCAGUUGGUUCCGAAAAUCUUGCUCAAACUGCGGGUACAACAAAUUUGCUGGGUAAUACAUACUCUUUUGGAGACCAAGAAGUGAUUGACAAUUCGUUCAAUAUUGAUUUACUUAAAGUGCUUACAGAAUCUCCUACUGUACCCAGUCGGUUAGAUACACUUGAAGACUUGGCUUUUUCUACUAACCCCAAUGAUUUGGAUACAACUGAAAUACCUGGACUUAAUGAAGGGCCAGUAACAGAUCUUAAUAUAACAGAUGCUGAUGAUUCUGAAGAGCGUGAAAAAAAUAAACUUCGAAGUACUAGAACUAUACCUAAAGAAUUUGCUGCCAAUUGGGCAAGUACGCGAAUUACAGCAAUGCCAACUGUGAUGAUGCCAACACCUAGUCCAUCAACUAUAGCUGCGGCAGCUGCAGCAGCAGCUGCUGCUGUCAGUAAUCUAAGUGCUACACCCCAGUACCUGCCACCUGUAAAACCUCCAGCAUUAAAUAAAGAUCGGCUCAAUCAAAGAACUGUUCCAAUCAAUCCUGUAAAGGUGACAGAACCUGAUGUACCUGUGGAUCAAAGUCAGGAGCGAAGUCUGUGCAAUCCAAAUCAAGUACCAUUCGUUGAAAAGCCAAUGAAUGAGAUGAACAAUGGCCUUCCAAACCAUCAGUAUGAUCAACCACAAUUCUCAGACUUACUACCACACAAGGGUCCUGAACAAAACCCACCAAUCCCAGAAAGUAAUGUCGACAUCAGAAAUAAUAUAAAUCCACCAGUUGAUUGGAAUCAAAGAACUGAAGAACUUCCUCCACCAUCUCAACUCAGUGCAUCCUCACAAAAAGGACAACCAAACAAUUUAUAUCGUGAACCGUUCAGUGGACCUCCACAACCAUAUAGUGAUCAUGAGCAUUUCAUUGGUCCUAAACACAGCGAAGACAGAGACUACAGGGAUCAUGAGCAUGGCGAACAAUACAACGUUCCCUUCCCUCAAAAUGAUCCUUACUAUAACAGACCUCCUAAUGACUAUAAUAGUGGUCCGUCACACGGGCAUGGUAAUCGUAACUUGCUUCCUAUCGACCAAAUGCAUCCGGGAGAAAGAGGUCGACCGUUUUCUCCAGGUAUGGAAAGACGUCCAUAUGAUCGGAGGAUCGAUAGACCUCCGAUGAGACAAGCCCACGAUGAUGACAACUGGUGUAGGAGGUGGCCAGAGAAUAGAAAUACACCUGAUGGGUUCGAUUAUCCUCAAGGACCACCCAGGCGUCUUCCACGAGAACCCAUGCCACAACAUCCAGAUUUCUAUCCUGACUCUCAUCACCCAGUUCCUCCUAAUUACAUCCCUCCACAUAAACGCCCUCCUCCUCUGGGACCUGCUGGUCAACCCCCUGAUCAUAUUAGAAAAUACCCUCGUCAAGACCCUUCCCGAAGUAAGCCACCAUGGACUGGACUUAAUCGAUGGUAGUUGGAAACUGUCGAAUCCUUGUACAGUUCGGAAAACAGUUACAUUUCUACAUUUUUGAUAAAUGUUUUAUAACCAUUCACCUCGUGUGUACACCAUCAAUUGGAUUAUAGAAUAUAAUGUCGAGAUUUCGAUAGUCGUAAAGCCAAUUUUGUUAUGUAUGCUGCGAAAAUACAUUUGUAAAGUGUAAAUAAAUAUCGACUUGGUCACAAUUGGUACUAUUAUAAGUACAAAGUGUAUGAGAACAAAUCUUGUUGACUAUUUUUACAGGUUAUCAUCUUCAGUGUAAUUGAUCAAAAUAAAUGGUUUCCAGCAAUUA